GCGCGAAAACGGGGCGGUGCCUGCGGUUGUGAGGAGGAGCCGCCAUGACAGCAGGGAGGAGCGCCGCCACUGACUGGAGCCCGAGCUGGGGGCGGCGGCGGCGGCACCUCCUGAGGACGGAAAGGGACAAAUGCAUUUUCCUCCGACCGGGCACAUGUCAUGUACACAGCGCACGUCAUAACACACCGCGGGCUGCAGCAGUGGGCGUGACGCCAUGUCCCCCUCCCUGACACUCCGGUCUGGCGGAAAGUUUACGAGUUGUCAGCCGCUCAGGUGUCCUGUCUGCACGGUGUGACCGAGGACGGAGACGCAAGCUGUACGGCAGGAGUGACGGGCACCAUGAAGCCGGACACCCGUACUGCCAGGUGCUGCUGUAGGUAACACAGGAGGGCACUGGAGACCGCCGGACACACCGGAGCAGCACACCGGGAGAUGAGCUGUCAGUAGGAUGUAGCGCAUUGUACGGCCACUGACCGGAGAGCGCACUGUUCACAGACUCUACGCGUUAUCUACACGGUGCAUGCGAGGUGACCCGGCCGGGUGUGUGCUGGGGAUGGGCGGACGGCAGAGCAGCAGCCCGGCCUCGGACGGACGGACACGGGCGUACUCAGGUUCAGACAUCCCUUCCAGCACGGGCCGGGGACCCAUCAGGGGCCCAGCGGGGGUGGCAGCCUCUACUUCUUCCCCCCUGGCCAGGUACCCGUACAUGCACGGAGGACACUCAGCGGCGGCAGUGGCCGGGAGCGGGGCUGGAGGCUCGGACCACACGCCGUCAGCCCUGGGCUCCCGGAGCCGAUCUGUAGGAGGGAUCCGAAGCCAGGCCCAGCUCAGUCAGGCCGGGCUCAGUAUACCGGGAGCUGCGAGGGACUCCGGCAGCAGCACACCCGAGGAGGGCGGCAGAGAGCGGGCACCCGGGGGAGGAGGCGGCGGCGGCUCCAGGCUUCUCAUCGGCUCGCUGCCCUCUCACCUCUCCCCGCACCUCUUUGGAGGAUUUAAGUGCCCAGUCUGCUCAAAAUUCAUUCCUACUGACGAAAUGGAUUUGCACCUUGUGAUGUGCUUAACAAAACCAAGAAUAACUUAUAAUGAGGAUGUUCUUGGCAAAGAUGCUGGGGAAUGUACAAUAUGUCUAGAAGACCUACAGCAAGGGGACACAAUAGCAAGAUUACCCUGUUUAUGUAUAUACCACAAAGGGUGUAUAGAUGAAUGGUUUGAAGUAAAUCGAUCUUGUCCUGAGCACCCGUCAGACUAAACAGAGGUUAUCGUAUACGAUAACUUUAUCUCCCUGCUAGAAGAAAAUGACCUAAGGAACAGGCUUCCAUCUGCUGUGACUAUCUUGAGAAGGGGCAUUAUAGGCCUCCCUGCCUUAGACCUAGCUUCAGUGAAGAUGAGGGACAAUAGAUUUCCUCAGAGAUCAGUGUGCCAAACGUUCACUAUGUAAGGAUGCACACAGGGAUUUUCAAAAUGCUGCACAUACUGUUUGAGAAGAAAAAAAAUACUUGUGCCCCACCAUUUCUAUCAAUGAACAAUAUAUAAUGUAGGCCAAAGUUAACUCUUGUCCCUGCGUUGAAUUUUUAUUUUUAAUUUUUUUUAAAUGACCUACACAGCUGGCAGCCAGUAAGUUGAUUUUUUUCCCUCUAUAAGAGCUUCAACUACAGGAUCUUGGACUGGGCUGGGAUGAGAACAUCUCUAAAAUAUUUUUUUCUUUUAUUGACAUAUAUACAUGCUUUUUAGAUGCCAAAAUCAAAACAGUUUAUGGUACAGACCCAUUUUUGUACUUUGACAAGACAAUGUGAAAUCGUACAAGUGUUUGUUUUUUCUUUUCUAUUUUUUCUCGCUCUAGUAGUAUAGGACUUCCCAAAACUACCAUUUUUGUGUGUCUGUUCAUUGUCUAGAUAUGCAGACUGUCGCUGGAUGCCUCCAGAAGUUGAUUACCAUACUAGCAUAUUUUCUUACCAAUUAACCCUUUCAUCUUAGAGCCACAACCUGCAUCUGAGUGGUAAUAUUUUUUUUUUCUUCAAACAUUUUAUAAUCAGUCAGGGAACAUAAGCCAUUAAAGUGCCAUUAAACAUAAAGCAGUUGGUAUGUUUACAUCAGUUUAGUAAAAUGUGUAGCUUUUACUGCAUACAAAAGACAAUGCUAUCUAUGUAAUAUCUGAGUUUUAAAAACUUACUGUAUGAGUUGGGUAGAACAGUGUAAAAGACAUCCAGCAUGUGAUACAAAGUUAUGUCUAAUCCAAUAAGGAGUAUAUAGUCCAGUAAACUCUACUGAAGAUAAAUCCUUCCACAAUACUAAUAAUGUAACUGUUAAAAGACUUGGCCCAUUAGGACAACUCCUGUCCCUAGGCCAAAUCUGGAUGUCAUAGUGGGCAAUCCACAACUUAGGACUACUUAUGGUUUACCAUAGCAGUGAAAUAAAGAAUGCAACUCCCCUUAGGAUGCAGUGCUCUACUGUAAUGACAUUUCAAGACUGUAUGCUUGGUAAUUGAAAAUCUAAUAGGCUUUUAUAUGCUAAAAAGUAAUUAUUCUUUUUCUCAUCUGUUUAGUUACAAUCACUCAUGAAAUAGACUAAUACAUUGUACUUGAGAUGUAGAGUAUAUAUAUAUAUAUAUAUAUAUAU